AUGAUCACCACUACCGCCAUCAUCACAACUGCUGUCACCACCACCACUGCACCACAACUGCCGCCGCCACCACUACCAUUAUCGCCACCACCUCCACAAUCAUCACCGCCACCACCACUCCCCAAUUCUGCAGAAGACUACAAUAUUUUCUCUCAAUUAACGAAAACCAUUAAUACUCAGCGUAAUGAUCCAGUCGCGUCUUCAUUGCCUAAACGGAGAAAGCCGAAGCCGAUUAGAUUUGAGGUCUCUCCAACUGAAGUACAGACAGAACGUCCGCCUCCGAAGAUCAACAUCCCAGUAAGCAAGACUUCAACUCCAUCUUUGAGGCCAGUUUGA